AAUAACAAGCAUGGAGGCUGAAGAGGACGUAGUUUUUGAGGAAUAUUUCUACAAAUACAGUAAAAGACAGAAAUUAUUUCUUGGUAAAAGAGAUAAAUGGAAACAGAAAUAUUUUAUUUUGAGAAAAUGCGGAGAAAAACCAGUAUUAGAAUAUUUUAAUAAAAAACCUAAAAAUAAAAGUAUUUCACCAAAAGGUCAAUUGAUAUUAUGGCCCAUAUUUCGAGUGGAAAAAGGCAUCAACAUCAAAAACCGCCAGAUAAGUUUUGAAAUUACCACUCCAGAUGAACAGCUGUGUUUAUCAGGCAACUCAAAAAAGAUGGCUGAUGUGUUUGUCUUCCUAUUACAGAUUCAAUCCACACUGAAAAAGCACAUACAAGAUGAUGUAUUCUGCAUUCAACCUGAAGAAUCAGAUGCAACAACAAGUAUAGGAUGCAAGGGAGCUAACUGUAUAUUACAUGUUUCACCCUGCGGUCUUACUUUAGCAUUACAGGAAUCCCGUUCAGUAUUAGCUCAAUGGCCAUUAAAAAGUAUUCGAUGUUUUGAGAGUUCUGGAUUUGGACAGCUGACCUUAGAAGCUGGUCGAGUGGCGCCGAUGGGAGAAGGAAUUUAUAAUUUCCAGUGCAGAAAUGGAGAAGAUAUCAAAAUAUAUGAUAUAUUAGAUAAAUAUAUAGUUGAUACAUUAGAUAGAGCUAAGCCACACAGGAAAGGUACUACAGAAGAAAUCUAUGAUUAUUUAGAAGAAUUUGAAAAACUCCAUUCUUUAACUGUAGUGUCCGCAAGGCUUAUGCAUUCACCUGAUAUACUGAACAUAUUACAAGAAAGCUGGGAUUAUAACCCACCUAAAACUGACAAAGAUGAUAAUGUAGAUAGUAGUGAACCUACAGUUGUCAGACGUCAAACUAAAGUUAAUUCACAAGACCAUACAGCAUCUAUUGGCCUUCGUCAGUCACAGUAUAAUCCUAAAAAUGUUCCCACACCUACAGUGCCAAAUCCUCCACCUGCCAUGGUUACUAUUAAUAAUACAUUUCCUCAGAAUAAUUCGCAAAUACUAACAGCCCGACCCCCAGCACCACCUCCCAGACCAGGAUCACAGAGAAGUCAUGGAUCAAAUGGUACAACUACAAGGUCUCACCGUAUGCGAGGACGAAGGAGUUCCAGUUCUUCAUCAGUGAAUAGUCAGGACGUUCAGGGAGAUCACUCUAAAUCUACAUCAGAAUAUUUGACACACACAGGUUCCUCCAGUGACUUGCCUUCUCCCCCACCAGAAGCUUAUGCUCCAUAUCUAGACCCUGUUUCUACUUCCUCGUAUUACGAAGGAACCCAGACCACUGGGCGUGUCAAAUCUUCCCAGGAGAAAAGACGACGUGCAGAAAGUAUUGGUAGUGAAUCUCAAAAAGCCACGAGUUGUGAAGAUCUUAGUUCUCAUAUGAAGACAGUUUUAUAUAAAAGUCAGGAAUCUGUUGAUAGCUUAGAAGACUUGGUCAGUCACCCAGAUGAAAAUAUGAACAAUGCCAAACCUCCUGUUCCAUUUCCGAAACUUAAGGAAUUUAGGCCAUGUGAUGACAAACCUGACUACGAACGAAGGCGAUCGUUAGAUUAUCACCAAAAUAUUAGAAGAGAUUCCAAUGCACUUCGCAGUCCAAGUCCUAAUGCCAGACAUAUUCGUAAAUUACUUGCACAGAAACGCCAACCUUCAGAAGAACCUCUACGUAAAUCAAAUUCUAAUCCAAAUUUUUUAAAUCUUGGCAGUAAGCAAGAUCUGCAUGUAACUCCAAAUGGUAUUGUUUCCCCACCAAAUGUGUCACCAACUCUAAGUCAUAAAAACAAACAAGCUAGUCGGUCAUUGGUCAGUUUAUUACCAGGAAACCUGCGUAAAGCUUUGAGUCGAGAAAAAAUCCGCUCAGAAACACCAGAUAGGGGAGAUAAUUCUCGUAGUCGAUCAAACACUCCAUCUCGUAGUCGAGCAAACAGUUUAGAAAGGUCUUUUCGUCGUCGAAGAUCAAACUCAAUCCGAGGACCAGACAUUAAAAAUAUCAACUUCACAGAGAAAACGCGAUCGUUCCGUAAAGUUAAAUCGGCUGUGCAAAAUGGCCAUGUAAUAUCAAAUCAAAAUGGAGGAACUGCAAUUGAACUAGAAUCAAAUUGUCAAGCAACUAACAAAUCAAAUUCAAAAUCAGUAUCAGCUGAUGUAGCCAAUAAUAAUGUCCAUCGACCUGGUCGUAGAAUCAAACAUAAUGAAUCGUUUGGUCCGGCAGAUCGUAUAAUUAAUUUACCACGUCAUGAACGAGAAGAAACAAGAUGCUAGUUUCAAAUUUGUUACUCAUAUCAUCCCAUCAUGAACAUCGUUCUCACAAAUUUAAAGUAUUCAUAUUUGCAAAUAGUGAAUAUCCAGUAAGAUUCCAGGUCCUAGUAAAGUUGAAAGUCUGUGUUGACGUAUGGCCAAAAUUUGUCCAUAAUUUGACAGUGAAUUACAUGUAGUUAAAAUAUCUGGGUCUUUGAGCAGAAAUUGUAGAAAAUUUGCUAAUGUUUGUUGAAAUCAUUUCAAAAGUUAUGUCAACUUGGACGUACUAUGUUAGGUGAAUUCAUUCAUAGAAAAUUUUGACUUGAACAUUUGUUUGUUUUGAUUCUUCAAGAAUAGAAAGGCUUUCUUUAAAUAUAUUCUAGAAAAUCAUUUACCAAUUAUUAUCUCUUCUCUUCUCUCAUACCAUAAAGAAAAUGAUCUUACGUCUGUUACCAGUAUAAUGAAUAAUGUAGGCUAAAUUGUUAGAAAAAGCCAUUUACUUACCCAUUACUAUUUGUUCCCUUUCUCAUACCAUGAAAAAUAACUCAGACAAUUUGUUUCUAAAGGAUUAUCUUGUAUAAUGAAAUGGCUAAUUGUCCUUGUUUUAGAUUUUAGAAGAUUACGAAAAUAACAUUUGUAAUUUGUUACGCAACAUUUAUCAUUAUUUUGUUAUGUAUAGUUUUAUUAGCUUUUAUUAGUAUUAUUUAGCUAUUUAUUUUUGUGUCCUUGUAUACUCUGUUUCUUUCCCUUUUAUGGUUGUCUGUAAUUAUUUUAAAAUGAUCAGUUUAUAGUUUUGUAUUUAUGUUGUAAAUCUAAUAGAAAAUAAUAUUUUUUUACAGUUUGUAAUCUGUUAUAUAGUAUAGAAAUAAGAAAUGUGCAUAUUGAAUAUCCAUUUAUUUAAUAUUGAAUAGCUGUGAAUAAGAAAGUGAACAGAUACCUACUGCCAGAAAGAUCGCAAUAUUUCAGAUCUAAUUAAUCAAUCCUAAUGUAAGCUAUGACCAUAUUAAAUUCACAUUAUUUUCUAUUAAAUUGACUUUGCCAUGUUCAUGGGCUUACACAUGUCUAUCAAUGAUUUAAGGAAGUCUUUUACGAACAUCGAGAUCAAGUUAGUACCUAACCAAGAUUUUUUGUUUUAGAUGUCUAAUUACUAUCUAAAGAAAACUUUCAACCCUUACUUUUGUUAAAUGUAAAUAAGGAAAAUGGUCAGCUACUGCAUGGCUUUUUGGCAGAUUGAAAUCUAAAUAUGUGAAACAAUCUUUUUUGAAAUUUUUCCUCUUUUCAACUGAUGAAAAAUUAUGUCAUGAAUUAGCAUCUUUCAGGCAAUGAUCGUAUUUUUUUCAAUUAACAAAUAGAGUUGUGUUAUAUUUUAUAUUGCUUGUUAAUCUAUGUGAAAAAUUGUAUUCUUGUAUUUAUGAUGGUGGACUCGCAUCAGUGUAUAUUCUCUAAAUGGCUCAUAAUUUGAAAUAUUUUAAAAUUUAUUUAAGCAAUUAUAUAAUUUUAGGCAGUAUGCUAUUGUGUAAAAAGUUUUCUCUCUAGAAAGCCUUGUCAGAUUACCUUAAAGGCUGUUGUGGCCAUGGGAUCUAUGCUUUUAAUGAUCUCUGUGUUCUCUGAAAGAAAACAAGUUCUUUAAAACUGGACGGACAGCUGUAAAUCAAGUUAAACUUGAUAAUAUGUUAUAAAUUACUGUAAAGUUGGGGUAGGGUGGGGGUAACAGUUAUUUUACUUGAAUCUUUUUGUAUAAAGAAAAUGAAUGGAAUAUGAGAAGAUUAUUUUUACAACACAACUAAUAUGUCUUGCAUUAAUUAAUUAACCCAGUGAUUUUGUCUUUCAUGGCUUAUGUUCAAUUUUAUAUUGUAUAUAUGAUGUUUUAUAGUUUAUAUCACAGGGGCUUGUAACAAUUGAUAGCAAUUGUGUUGUUUUAUUUUCAGUCCAGUAACAAUAUCACUUUAUGGACUUUUUUAAUUGAUGACCAACAGAUAACAAUCUUGUUUCUAUGCAAAUUUUGAUGAAAGGUCUUAUAGCAUACUUAAAUAUAAUAGUAGAGAGACACCUCAGAAAUUUGAUUUAGAACAUUGCCUUAAGAUAGAAAAUAUUUUGAGUUCUAGGGUACGAUAUGAUAUAUGCAGAAUGGUAGUUUGACUAGGGUCUUUACCUAUUUAUUAAAGAAACCCUGGACCUGAGAUUAUUUAGUAAUAACAUCAAUUAAUUUUAAAAAAUUAUAAGAACUUGUGCUUUAUAACUUGCCAAAAUUUUCAUUGCCAUGUACUUAGGCAUGAAUGAUGAUCAUGGUUGUGAAUUUUAAAUGUUUUUUUAAAAAUAAUAUUUUAUAUUCAGUUUAUAAAUGAUUUAAUAAAUAAAUUUUUGUUUAAAAAUAAUAUUUUAUAUUCAGUUUAUAAAUGAUUUAAUAAAUAAAUUUUUUUUUAAAAAUAAUAUUUUAUAUUCAGUUUAUAAAUGAUUUAAUUAAUAAAUGUAAAUGCCUCUAAAUGUUUUGGUUUUUCAAUAUUUUCCCUGAAUAUGAUAGAAGAAAAAGAUAUAUAUUUAGAGAUACUCAGAUCAGCAAUUUUCUUUAGACACAUCGUUUUAAAGCAUACAUCACUUCUGUGUUUCAUAUCCCUCCAGGAAUAAUAAAUUAAACAUUGAAAUUUACUGAUAAUUCCUAAUAUAUAUAGAAAUAGGCAUUUAAUUAUAUAAUGUUAGUGAAUUAAAUACUGGUAGUUUGCUCAUUUCUACUUUUAAAGCAUAAUUUUUACAUGAAUUUACUACCCUAGCAAACCAUAUAUAUACAUUGUAUAUUUACAGUUACAAAAAAAAGAUAAUAAUUUAGAACAUAGGAGAGACCUAAGAUCAUAAAAGUUAAUUAUAUAAAUUUACUGAUUACACAUAAUUAAACUUUUGUUUUCAUUAUGUUUUAUAAUGUAAGUAUAAGAGAAUCAUCAAAUUAUUAUUUGUCAAUCUUUAAUGGAUUAUCUAUUAAUGAAAUUGAGUAUUUUGAGUGCCAGUAAUUGUUUCUUAAAAUUUGAUUUUUCAAUUUUUAUUUACAAUGCAAUACAAUGUAUGAUCACUAGUAGGUACAAUUUGUUAAUUUGUUAUUGUUGUAUUAAAAAGUCAUAAUGUUUUAAAAAUGACUGGAUGUCUUUGAUAUGGGUAAAAAAUGAAAUUGUUGUUUUAAGAGUAAAUUUGAUGUGUUUUACUAGUUAUUGAUUUUGAGAGGUGGGUAUUUGUCCACAGAUGUAGUCAGUGUUGAGAUAUAGCAGAUUUCGUCUUCACCAGUCAGCAAUUUAAAGGAUCGAAAUGUGAAAUAAAACAUGUAAUCAUAUAGUUGUUUCCGUAACAAUUAAGAAAACACAUCAGAUCAACCUCAAUUCAAUACUUUAUUUUCAAAGAAAUUUAGCUCCUUUAAGUCCUGUUUAAGUUUUUGAAUAUUUGAUUUACUAGAAUAUAAUGAUUUAUAGAAAUAGAGAUAUAUAUUUACUUGUGUUACAUAUCAGCUUUUUAAAAAUUAAUACCUAGUUUAUUUGCCAUGUUUUCAAUUUAUGCAAAAGUGAAAUAUUUUUCAAUUGUUUUAUUUAAAUAAAUUUUUACGUAAAUCUA